GAAAACAUUUGGUGAUCACGAUUUACACCAACUAUUGGCAAUUGUAUUAUGGACAUACUAUUGGGGAUUUGCAAGUUCAACAAUUGAAUUCGGAAAACUACCAUAUAGUUUGAAUAGCUCAAAUACUGAAAUAGUACUGAAUCGUUUCCUAGUCUUGAGUUUUGGGUCUGAAUACAGACAAGUGAAGGCUGCAUGGGAGACAUCACAAAACUUCAAAAUGAGUCCAAAUUGAUGAUGAGGCCACAUUUCCGAAAUGAACAAGAAGUGUCGUUGAAGAGAAAUUUGAAUCAAAUUUGAAAUGACUGAGAAGUUGAUAUUCACAGAAGGAUAUAACAUACCACAGAGCCAAAAAUGAUAAGUGACAGGGGUUGCAAUUUUAAGAUGAGCAUCACAAAGAUAUUUCUUAUACUGCUUAUUCAGUAUACAAAACAUAUAACAUGUCAAAACGCAACGGGAACUAAUCAAACAACGAAUACUACAACAAAUACAACUACAAUUUCAUCUGUUACUACAACAACCAAAGCUGCCGAAUCCAGCGUUGCCAUGGAAACAACUACAAUGUGUGGGUCAGUGACCUGCCUUCACGGAGGUGUUUGCAAAACAAAAUCCGAUGGAAACAAUGGAUGCCAAUGUGAAUCAGAAUUCGAAGGAUUGAGCUGUCAGAUAGUAAAACUGAAAGUUCUUGAAUUUAUGAUCAAUUCAACAAGUGUGACAUUCUUCUGGAAAGUGCCCCCAAGGCUGAAUGGAUACGAAUUCGUGUACACUUUGAAAUAUGACACAAAUGCCCCAUUGGCUUACCAGAACAUAACCAUGAAUGAGAAUAGCCGGGAUGCAACUUUAGCAAACCUUGUAUCAGGCGCAAUGACUUAUCUUACGUGUAUUAUAGAGGCAGGUACAAUAAUAAAUGCAUCCAAUCCAACCGAACUAAGUACUAUAGUCAACAAAGACAACUCUAAUUGUUUUUCCUUUACGACUAGUUACGAUGGAAACGACCCAUACACAAAGGCUGCAAUUGGCGUGGCCAUCGCUAUGGGAGGGGUGAUACUAAUUCUUGUCAUAAUGAGAUGGGGAGUUGACUGCGGGCGAAAAGUGACAAAGAAUAUCAAAACUCUUGGUUUUGAGAGAGCAGCUUCGCAAUGGAUCCACAAGAUGUCAGCUAAGGACGAGGGUAAACCAACUGAAAAUGUGAACAUAGCGAUAGAAGCUGUUGGUAAACAAAUGUUGGACGUAGCUCGUGCUAAUCCAUCAGCCCUGCAAGAUAACAGGAGCGUUGCAUCAUCUGGGGGACAGAAGUUUACUCGUGGAAUGAAGAAGAAAUAUGCUGAUUUAGCAAUGAGUGAUUUACCAGUAGGGGAUAUCAACAGAGGGCAUAAACCUGGUGGUGCAAGGCACAAACAUGGAAGAAUGAUCCUCAGCCCAGAUCCGAACUUAGAUGAACACAUUUAGAUAUUGAUCAGAUCAUCAGACGCCUAAUGUCUCUAUUAUCUAUGUCCAUGACCAUCAUACCUUAGAACAUAUAUAAGUGGCUCAUUUUGUAAAUUUUAUAGAUCCAGGCUUUCAUGAAAAGCAUCUUCGAUCGGUUAGACAUACCAUACAUUGUCGACUCCC